AUGUUCUGGAAUCUGGUGGCAGUUCACUAUGAGCGCUACCACUUGCACCAUCUCGCCAAAAUAUUCGUGCUGAUAUUGUACAGUUUUCUGGGCGCCGGCCUAUUUAUGCUUUGCGAGGCCGACAACGAGAAGUUGGCGAAAAGCGAGGAGUCUAUGCGCGUGUUGAGGACGAGUAUCGAGGCGAAGAAGGUGUUUGUGCACCGGUUACAGGUGAGUCCGCGCAAAAUCUGACGUUGAAGACCUAGAAAGAUGUCGCGCAUGAUCCGAUCGGGUCCAAACUUUGCAGACUUCUUAUCUCGGCAUUUUGCGUCAAAUGUCUUUCAGAAAAUGUACUUCAACUUUGCAAACACGUCGGCGUUCUCGGAGACCAGGCUGAGACGCGUUCUGUCCGAAUACGAUGCGGCGAUGGGAAUCGUGAUCGAUAGUAAAAUGGAGACGAGAUGGGACAUUUGGGGUGGAUUGUACUAUUCCGGUACCAUUUACACCACUAUUGGUGAGUUUUUGAACCUUUUCUUUAAUCGAAUUUCAAGCUUUUUCGCCACCAAAACGUCUAGCAUUUAAUUUCAGGUUACGGUGACUUGGCGGCGGUGACAAUUUCGGGGCGGAUAUGUACAAUGUUGUACGCGAUGAUCGGCAUUCCGAUCGUCAUCAACAUUCUGAACGACUGGGGAAAUAUGCUCUUUUAUUUUGUCGACAGUGAGUUGUUUGCGCAUUUUUGGUGCCCUGGCGCAAUUUCAGUGCAUAUCAAAGGUUUCGCUGAAACUUGCAGACUUUUGGCAAAACAUUGGCCGUGUGUGGAUGCUCAAACUGCGCCAAAAGAUGCGGCGACGAAGAGUGCAGAGCCUGGAAGAGGUGAGUCGCUGAGUAUUAUCGUUUUUCUCUCAUUUUAUUAAUGUGUCACACCUCGCGGCACUCAUUUUUCAUUGGGCGCGCCAACUGGCAGCGAGCGGUCCAUUGGAUCCACGCAUCGUUUCCGAGCCCAUGAUGUUUGGCGUGUCCCCGCGGGAGAAGGCACCUGCCAAAACUACCCAUCACUAACGAAAUUUGAUAAUGUUUUGAGGUGUUUUUGGCAAAUUGUGUCAAAAAGUAAUUUGUCAAAAAUAUCCCCCCCCCCCCCGCGCUCGGGGACAGCUGUCUCAAAGGAUCAUAGACUCGUUCGUCGUGUGUAAUAUUGAUGUUAACAGAGCGAAAAUUUGAGCUGAGCACAAAAAACAUGGUCACUUUAUGAGUUUGUCAUCGUUUUCAGGGCUCAAACGACAAAAAACCGUUGAUGGACACGUCGACAACGCCGGAAAACGCGGACGGAACGCGUCCGAUCCCCUUACUCCUUGUCAUUAUUGUGCUCUUCUUCUGGAUGACCCAAUGCGUCGCCUACUUUGCCUAUUUCGAGAAUUGGAGCCUCUUCGAGUCGGUCUACUUCUUCUUCAUCUCGAUGACAACGAUCGGAUUCGGAGACUUCACCCCGAAUCAUUCGGUCGCCGUCGGCGGAAUCGUCUUCAUUUUGGGCGGCCUCUCCGUCGUUUCGAUGUGCAUCAACGUGAUACAAAUGCAAUUGGAGUUUCUGUUCAAUCAAAUUGUGCAACGAAUCGAGACCGACUUCAAGAACACUCUUUCGGUGGCGGGUGAGUCCAUGAACCGAGUUGCCAAUGAGUUUUGCGGACGAUUUGCAGCCGAGGAGAGCCGAAAAAAGUCGAUCGGCGUCUCCGAAUUGGGUUCGAUCGAUCCGUCGCGCAAGAGAACAAUGAACAGCCAGGGCGGUGACGUCGCCCAAAAAUAUUCGGAAAAUAUGGAAAUGGGCAACAAGUUGCUCAUGAAGUUUAUGAGCAAUCAUCAGUCAGUUUUUUUUUGGAUGAAAUGAAAUGAACGAGAAGACAAAUUGCAGAAAAAAGAUGCUAAACGAGAAAUUCGAUGAGCGUGCGAAAAUGCGAAAUAGUGGGACACAGACUACGUCGCAGAUCAAGGUGCGUCAAAUGGUUUUGCACUUUUUGAGAUGAAAAAUGAGUUUAGGUGGCCAGUGUCCAGACGGCGGAUCGAUACGAACAAACUUGGGAUGAGGAGCCCGAGGAGUCACAGCCGAAAUCCCGAAUAAAUACGCGGAGGUUGUACAUUUAUAAUACUGGCGAAUAAAAGUGUCCGCAAUUCGAUGCCCAACUUUUAAUGCUUACUGUACAGUUGCAAAACGUCCUAUGGUUCCCAAAAAUCGUUUGAAAACAGUUCGAGUCUAGACCUUCACUUUUGUACUUGACACUUUGUCUCGAUGCCCACUCGCUGGAUUACUGUAGCUCUUGGAAGUUGAGUGUAGUUAGUGGCUUCGCGAUUUUAGUGCAAACUUCCAAGCACUACAGUAAUCCAGCGAGUGGUUAUGGAGAAAAAGUGUCAACUACAAAAAUAGAGUACUAAUUAUGGAAAUUAUUUUUGUAAUUGAUAAUUUUUGUGUAUAAACGCUCCCAAGGCUACUGCAGCUCUUGGAAGUUAACAAUAGCUAAAAACAUAGGCUACGUUCCAGGCGCUACAGUAAUCCAGAGAUUUGUCACAGAGAAAAAUGAUCAACUAGAAAAAUGUUGUACUAGACAUAGACUACUCAUAAACCAGUUUUCAAAGCACUGGGACGUUUCGCAACUGUACAAUAUCCACUCAAAGUUUGACAUUUUUCAAGAACUUGAACUUUGAUCCGACGAAACUGGACCAACUUGUUGCUGCUUCCAAAAUGGCAUGAAUGUCAAUUUCAACGACGACAAUAUCAUUUCGAAAUUCCGUUUGUUCGAGCACAAAUACGAUAAUUCGAUGAUGAGUGGAAUUGUGAAUAUGUCGAGGAGCAUGAUCAGAAUGCACACCUGAAAAUGUAAAAAAAACUGGCCUAGGAAACUCCUAGGCCACAUUUCUUACCACCAUAAUCGAGAAGAAUGGAAGCGCAGUGCGAAUUGGAGCAAAAAAGAUCGCGGAAAAUGUGAACUGAAUUUUUUUGGAUUUUUUAUGAAUAAAAGCUUUCGAAUAUUGUACCGUCUUCAGCACAACUAUCGAUAUUAUUUGAUAGAAAAUGUAUUUUUGGGGUUUAUUGUUCUCCACCGAAAUCAAGUGCGCCGCCCGUUUUUUGAUAUUUUUCCGGAUGAGCAAGUAGAGAAAGGCGGAGAAGAAGAGCAGAAAGUUUAGAAUUAGAAAAUAGGCCUGAAAAUGUUUGUGAAAUACACUGCCACGUGGAGAGCUUCCCCUGACUGUACACUUUCUAAAACUCUGCUCCUAUUCAAAAUACAUGGCAGUACAUUCAGAUUGCCAACUUCCAAGAACUACAGUACUCCAGGGAGAGGUUGUACAAAAAAAGUGUCAACUACAAAAAUGAAGUUCAAGACCUGGACAAUACUUUUGUAGUUUACGACUUUUGUCCACAGUCACUCCUACGGUUACUGUAGCGCUUGGAAGUUGGUAUACUGUAUUUCGCAUGCUCUAAGACCUACAGUACUCCGGGGAGUGGUCGUAGAAAAAAAGUGUCAACUGAAAAAUUGUUGCAGUAGACGUCAAAAAUACACUGAAAAAAUUUUGAAACCCUAGGUCGUUUCAGAACUCUACAAUAUCGCUUCAAAGUUCACGGCCCCCUUUUCGAGCGCCACGUGGCAGUGUCCAACGCACUGUAUUAUAAACUCACAUAAAACAGACACGCGGGUAAUGAUAGCUCGAAAAGCGGUAAAUCGGAUACUUUGUAGACGUGGAACCACCAGAAAUAGAGCGAGAAAAACUUGAAAAGCGCAAAAAUGUAGAAGGAUAUGAUAAGUUUUUUGAUAAACUGUGCAGAGAACACGAUUUUGUCUUCGAGAGAAUCGAAAAAGUAUAAUAGAAAUCUUUGAAGGGCCAAAGUUAUCAGUAAAUGAUAGUAGACCUCAUUUUGAAGAAUUAGGAGGAAGAGCGACGGGAAAGCGAUCAGAAAAAUGGUUAUUUGGGUGAGAGCUCUGUAAAAAUAGUUUUCUUUUGUCUUGACCUAUAUUUUUGUGCUCAGCUCGUCGAGACCUUUCGAUUGAGUAUGAUAAUGGGCAAGUUCUGGAAGCUUUUGUGUGGCGAGACCCAAAAUUUGAACAUUUUCAGAACCCAGCCAUCAUUAUACUCUUUUGAAAGCUCUCAAACUGAUAAUAUAGUACGAUGUGGGUUCGGAUGAAAUUUUCGAAUAAAUUUCAAGGAUUGCCAACAAGAACAACUCGAAAACAGUGAACAGAAGGGCCUUGUGACAAUGCUCUAUGAUUGGAAAAAUUGCAGUCUGAAAAGCAAUGUUAAAAACAUAGAAAAACUUUUAGAAACUUAAAAACCUCACUAUCACGUUGUCGAUUCAAUCGUUUGAUUUUCAGGUAAAACGGGAAGAGAAUCAUCAAAAUUAGCACGAAAAAGUAGCCAAUGUACACGAAAAGCAAGCCGAGUUGGUCUUGAAAAGCGGUCGGAGUCAUUAUAAGGUCGGACGAAAAACCGGACAAAUUCUGGCUCGAUUCCAUUCGAUUUUCCUUCCAUCGAAAUAUUUCGAGAAAUUGACAAUAUUCACUCUGCAAAAAACGUUUUUCACCUGCCCAGAAAGUUGUUGUUUAUACAGCUGAAAUGACGUGGGGGCGUUGUUAAAAUUAAAAUUUCUGUUAAAUUGUCAAACGAAAAGCCGAAAACCAGAGAAGUUGUCAAAAUUGGAAACUUUACUGUUUAAAUGAACAGUUUUUUAUUAAUUUAUGUGUUUACUGUCGAAAAAUUAUCCCAGAAGAUGGUGGCUGCGUAACUUGCUCGUCUUCGAAUGGGAAAAUACGGAUUUCAGUUGCCCAUUUUCCGCGAUUCUCUAUCCUUUAAUAAUAAGUGCACACUUUAGCCACUCUCCACCACAAACUGAACGUUUAUAGCAAAAGACCGGAACUCAAUUGGAAGUAGUUCAUUAGCAUUUCAUUAUCGAAACGCUGCUGGCUCAAAUCUCGAUUGCGCCAAGAAAAAACAGGUCGCGUUUAGAUCAGUAACUUUCUAAUUAGGUGUUGAACCAAAUUAUCGUGGUGAGAUGACUAAAUAUUGAGAGAGAGAGUUGUGUUUCAUUGAAUAAAUGUUCUCUGACAACUAUUGUGCAUCCAUUUUUAUCAAAGUUUCCCGCUAAUAUCAUCGGGUCAAACUUAUUUGCAUAUUGACGUGCCUAACCGGUUUUUUUUUCCUUUCAGUCUGCAAAUAUUGUCGAGUACCUUGUUUUAGGCCAAACUUUUCCUUGUUUUUCCUUGUUUCACUUCCAGUCAUGUUUUUACUAUCACCAUCGAAAAACCUAACAUAACACCAUUUUUUGUGAAUCGAUAAUAUCAUGAAUUCUCUCAGAAAGUCUAGAAAAAGAUCGGAGGAGAAUAAAGUAAAGGAAAGUGAAAAAAGUGAGUGGAUAAUAUCUGAAAAAAGUUGAAAAAAAGUUUUUUUCCAGAAAGUACCAAUUUGAAGAGCAUUUCAAUCAACAACAAGUACAUUGUGGAGAGGAAAGACACUAUUCAACACAUUAUGGAGGAACCGUUGGAUUCGGGUGCUAGGUUGGUUGAUUUUCGAAAAAACUGGAUGCACAAUAUCAGCUUUUGAGCGAGUUGGCUUUCUUGAAAAAUGAGCCAUCUUCAAAUCGAUAUUGUACAAUUCCCAAACGUCCUAAAGUCUCGAAAAAUUUUUUGGGGUAUCUUGACAUCUAGUACAACAUUUUUGUAGUUGACAACUUUUUUGUAUACUCACUUCCCGGGUUACUGUAGCUCUUGGAAAAGGGCUUUUGCUGGCGCCAACUUGCAAGACCUACAGUAUCACAGGGAGUGGUCAUGGAGAAAAAUCAUCAGUUACAAAAGUACAGUACCGGACAUGAACUAUUCAGAAAACAAUUUGUUACACGUAUAGGACGUUUCGCAACCGUACAAUAUCUAUUCAAAAGUUGACCAUUUUUCCAGAAAACGCAAUAGUAACGCCAGUAUUUUGAGCCUGCCAGGAUCUCGGAAAACUUCUAGAAAUUUAACUUUUCAACAACGUAGUACUUCUCAUGACGGAGCAGAAAUUGAGAGGAAUCGGGUGACUAUUAGGGAUUCAACGGACAUCGACGACGAGGAAGACGAUAAUAGCAGUUGUAAAAGUGAAGGAACUGCGAAGAAUAGCACAAUCGGACAAUAUUAUCAACGGAAUCAUUAUACGGUUACAGGUAACUUGAUUCUAAUUUUGAUUAAUUUAAAAAACAACUUUUUUGUAAGGAGCCCAACAAAACACCUUCAAUAAACUGCCGAGAAAUGUGUCUGCACAUCGUUUCCAAGUCGACAAAGCUUCCGAAGUUUGCAGUCGGAAAAGUGCUCCGGGAGCCCUCACGGACCCGCUUAUUCCCACUGAAAGACGUGGAAAACGCUAA